AUGUCGUACAUGCCGCGCCUUACACCAUUUUAUCGCCUAAAAAAGACGACCGUUGGUUCAAAUGAAGGCCUAGACAACGUCGAUCAGCGUUGGAUAGGACACGUACGUGCGCAGGAAAACCGCACCCCGGCGCCCCAGUUAGGAUACACUAUAGAAAAAACCCUGUCAAUGAAGAAAGUUGCGAAAUCUGGGAACAAACAAAAACAAAAGGAGACGAAUGCCGAAAUCGAAAGGCUGGAACGCGAACUGUCAGCUCGUCAUGAAAAAGAGCUUGCAGAACUGAUGAAUACCACUUGUCCUUCCUCCACAGUUGGUCAAGCUCCGCUUGAGCAACCCGAAGUUGACACUGAUGAGUUGGACACAGGUUUCUAUAAACAACUAACUAUUUUCGAACAAAGCCAAGGAAGGAAGCAGAACCUCGUGAAUGCAUCUUCCAUUCAAAUUCAGGCUAGGCAAGAAGAAGCAAUACGCCGUAUGCAGGAAGCCGUACAGCAAGACCAACAAGACGCUGAGAAGUCAUUGCGUGUCACAGAAAUGACUGCCAUACAGAAGAUACUUGACGAGCGUGAGCUUGACAUUGUCGACAUAGCUCCGGAUGGUGAUUGCCUUUAUAAUGCGCUGGCUCACCAGCUAUCGCGUGUCAAGGGUUUUGAACAGGUAACUGGAAAAGAUAUGCGACGGAGAGCAGCGAAGUAUAUACGAGAGCACAAGGACGAUUUCAUUCCAUUCUUAGUGAAUGAGAGCGACGAUCCGCUGGAUGAGUUUGAAUUCGAAAAGUAUUGCCAUGGAGUCGAAAACGAGAGCAAAGAUGGAGGUGUCUGGGGUGGCGAACCUGAGCUGAACGCUAUCAGUCAAAGCCUGGAGCGAAGUAUAGAGUUGAUACAACCAACUGGACCGCCGGUGAUCUUUGGCGAACAGUACAACAAAACGAAGCCGUUAAUAAUUGUGUACCACCGUCAUGCUUACCAAUUAGGAGCCCAUUAUAACUCAACAGCUGUGAGAAAAGUUUCUUGA